UCCCCCUGGCUGGGCUGCAGUGCAGAGCAGUUCAGUUCGGGCAGCCACGAGUAGCGGCCGAGGAGGCGUCCAUCCUUUCCCACUGCAGGGCCGCAGAGGCCGAAACCUACAUCCUGAGCUGUCUCGCCGCUGCCCACCCGCGGAGCACAGGCCAUCUAAAACGAAUCCGGACUUGAAUUCUGUGCGGCUGAUUGCAGAGCUGGCUCAUUCUUGACACCCAGAGGUCCGGGAUCAGGGACUCCCCCGGUGGACAAAGAUCGACUGUACCCUGGAGACAAGCUUUCUCAUGGAGGCCACCAGUUGCAGAGGCUGAUAGUGAAAUAAAGGCGCACGCCCGUUCCUGAACUCGUGAGGAAGGCAGAGGCUCCCGGCACGCCUGCAGAUUAGUCUUUUCCAAAAAGCCCAAACAUCUUGAUAAUAUUCAGAUACCCGAUCAGCACCCAUCAUGGCUAGCAUCAUUGCACACAUGGGUAACAGCCGGCGGCAGAACGCGCGCUUGCCGCCUUGGGCCCAUUCUAUGCUGAGGUCCCUGGGGAGGAGUCUUGGUCCUUUAAUGGCCAACAUGGCGGAAAGAAACAUGAAGUUGUUCUCAGGGAGGGGGGUGCCAGCCCAGGGGGAAGAAACCUUUGAAAACUGGCUAAUCCAAGUCAAUGGGGUCCUGCCAGAUUGGAAUAUGUCUGAGGAGGAGAAGCUCAAGCGCCUGAUGAAAACCCUUAGGGGCCCUGCCCGGGAGGUCAUGCACUUGCUCCAGGCAGCCAACCCCAACCUAAGUGUGGCAGAUUUCUUGCACGCAAUGAAAUUGGUGUUUGGGGAGACUGAAAACAAUGUGACUGCCCACGGUAAAUUUUUUAACACCCUGCAGGCACAAGGGGAGAAAGCCUCCCUUUAUGUGAUCCGUUUAGAGGUGCAGCUCCAGAACGCUAUUCAGGCAGGGAUCAUAGCCGAGAAAGAUGCAAACCAGACUCGCCUGCACCAGCUCCUUUUAGGGGCUGAGCUGAAUGGGGACCUGCGCUACAGGCUGAAGCAUCUUCUCAGGAUGUAUGCAAAUGAGCAGGAGCGUCUUCCCAAUUUCCUGGAGUUAAUCAAGAUGAUAAGGGAGGAGGAGGAUUGGGAUGACACUUUCAUUAAUCAGAAGCGGGCCAGGAGAUCUGAGUCAAUGGUGGAGAAGGCAACCAGCCCAGUGGCAUUUCAGGGUUCCCUACGGAUAGUGAUCGGCAGUGCUGACUGCAACGUGAUAGAGAUAGAUGACACCCUGGAUGACUCAGAUGAAGAUGUGAUCCUGGUGGAGUCUCAGGACCCUCCACUUUCAUCCUCUGGGUCUCCUCCCCCGAGAAGCAGAGCCAGACCUCAGGAUCAAGUGGUAGUCAUUGAUUCCCCCAAUAGUUCCCAGGCGCAAUCUCCUUCCACCAGUGGCGGUUCUGGAGAUAAAAAUGAUGGGCCUGGGGAUAUUUGUAGAGCCAGGAAGCGAAAAUACACAACCCACUCUUCAUAUUGUGGCAAGGAGGACCACUCGAAGGAAACCUGUGACAAGAGCAACAAGGCUGAGAUGUUUGAAAAUCUGGUCAUGACCCUGCAGGAGCUGACACAUAGGGAGGAGGAGGGGUCAAGAGAGGCUCCUGACCAAUCCGAUGACCCUUCUGAGCUACAGUGAGGUGCUAGCCUUCAGCCUUAAAUGAACCCUUAAGCUAUCUUCGGAGCUUAGUGAUGGGAAAACUGAGGGAGGGGGCUUCUAAUUGCAUGAAUUAAUCCACAAAGCAGCUUUUUUUAGGGUGCAGGAGAAAGGGUCUUGGAUACAAGCACAGUGGAGAAAGAUGGCCUGUCCUCUGUCCUUGCUUCCCACCCCCACCUCUGCUGCCUAAGGGUCUAUUUUCUGUGUGUGCUCAUUUCCUUGAUGGCUUUAUUCUCUUUGUGAAAGUGGUAUAAUUCACUGUUAAAUCUUCGAACAACAAAAAAUUACAAAAAGUCAAGUACAAAUUAGUCCAAAUCUUCCACCCUUAUAUAACCAUUGUCAACCCUCUGAUGACUAUCCUUCUAGAUAUUUCCCUAUACCUAUGUACCCAGAUAGAUAUAUGUACAGAUAAAAGUGUCAAAUAUAAGUGCUGUUCUAUAGUCUGUAUUUUUUCACCAAUUUGUUGUGGGCUUCUUUCUAUG